AUGGUUGGAGGCGGAGGAUCAUUCGGCUCAUCAAGACGAGAUGCGAAUCUAGAAUGGAUUGGGCAAGCGGCGAUCAAGGGGAAGAGCGAGGUUCUGCGGAUGUCGUAUUUGACAUUGGUGUUGGCUGGGUUGCAGUUUACCUGGAGUGUUGAGAUGGGCUAUGGAACCCCAUACCUACUCUCCCUUGGCCUCUCCAAAUCCCUCAUGUCCCUCGUCUUCGUCGCAGGUCCGCUCUCGGGUCUAAUAACUCAACCCGUAAUCGGCAUCCUCUCCGACAAAUCCACCUCCAAAUACGGCCGGCGCCGACCCUUCAUGGUCGCCGGAUCAAUCGCGGUCUCAAUUGCGUUAUUGAUGAUCGGAUGGACGAGGGAGAUUGCGAUAUUGUUUGGAGGGAGUAGUGGGGCUGCGAUUGGGUUUGCGGUAUUGAGUAUCUUCUUGGUGGAUUUUUCGAUUAAUGCGGUGCAGGCGGCGUGUAGGGCGUUGAUUGUGGAUACAUUGCCUCCACAUUUGCAAGAGAAGGGGAAUGCGUAUGCGUCCAGGAUGAUCGGGAUCGGGAGUAUCGUGGGAUAUCUACUAGGUUAUAUCGACCUUACUCGCUUCUUCAGCUUCAUCGGCGAUACCCAGCUCAAAGUCCUCACCUUCAUGUCCGUCAUUACCCUAAUCGCAACCGUCGCCAUCACAUGCUGGGCAGUCGAAGAGAAGGUUUUGGUAACACAAGAGGAGGCAGAUGUGAGCGCGGCCUUGACGAUCUUCAAGUCGUUAUGGGAGUCGAUCCGAUAUCUACCGAAGGGGAUCCGGGAUAUCUGUAUUGUGCAGUUCUUUGCUUGGGUUGGGUGGUUCCCGUUUUUGUUUUAUACUUCGACUUGGGUCGGUGAAGUCUACGCACGACACGACAGAGGUCUCCCAACAGGUACGGAUGGUGUAGGACCAGACGACGCAGUCGGAGAAAUCGGACGAGUUGGGUCGCGAGCGUUGCUGCUAUUCUCAAUCGUCUCCCUCUCCUGCUCCCUCGCCUUCCCCCUCUUCGUCGGUUCCCCAAAACCCGACCUCACCCCCCAAGAAGCAGCAGCCCGCCACCCCCUUCGCGUCAAACUCGAUACAGCCCUCGACUACCUCCGCCCUCUCUUCCCAACACUCACGACAGCAUGGGCUUUGUCGCAGGGUGUGUUCGCCAUAGCGAUGUGCUUGACGUUCUUUGUGCAUGAUGUCGUGUUUGCGACGGUUGUAGUGGGCCUUUGUGGAGUGAGUUGGGCGUUGACUACGUGGGCGCCGUUUUCGUUGAUUGGAGAGGAGAUAUUGAAGAUGGGAAAUGGAGACGCGGCGCCUCCACUAUCUGGUCCAGGGCCGCAGUUUGAGAUGGUGGAGCAGGACGAGAAGGUACGGCCUCGGUCACCCUCGUUGGAGGGGUAUGGGUCAGCGGAGAGACCGAUGCACCCUGACAGGGAAGAGGAAGAAGACGACGAACGCGUUAUCUUCCAACUCGAUCGACAUUCGCAAGAAACCAUCAACCUCGACCUCGAACGACAAAACACCACAAAGUCCAACUCAGAAGGAGAAUCAGGCACCGACUCGGGCGUCUACCUCGGCAUCCACAACAUCUUCAUUGUAGCCCCCCAAUUCGUCAUCACAUUCCUCUCAUCGAUCAUCUUCGCUAUUCUCGCGGAACACUCACCCGAACUUACGGAGGGAACGGCGGGCGGGCAUGGGGAGGAGGCCGGGACGAAUUCGAUCGGGAUUGUGUUGAAGGUUGGGGGGGUUAGUGCGGCGGUGAGUGCGGUUUUGGCGUGGAGGAUGCGGAAGAAAAAUGGGUAG